AUUUAACAAGAAUAGUUAAAUUAUAGAGGGCAGUGUUGACAUAGUUGCAUUUUGCUGGUUGGGAAGAAAGAAAUCAUUUAGUGAAAGUAAAAUUAAAAAAAAAAGAAAAUUAAUGAUUUUUGGAAUUAAUUAAAGAAAUACAAAUUGCAUUUUAAUGAAAACGAAUAAAUAUAGAUCAUGUCUGCUAAAUCUCCAAUAUCUUUACUGAAUUUCUUUGUAUUUAAUUCAACUUAUGGAAACAGAGAAGGAGAGGAAUCGAGAAAGAUUAUUUUCUACUAUCCAGAUAAAACAGAUUUAGACACGAGGAUAAAAAAUAUUGGUCUUUGUGAAGCAAUCAUUAAAUUUUCUGAUACUUUUGCCACUCAAAGCUCAUGUGAAGUUCUUCACACUAAAAAGACUAGACAGCUCUUUCUACAAGCAGAGAAAAAUUUCUGGAUGGUUAUGUCUUUAAGCAUUCCUUUCCAACAAAAACUUAGAGAUGGUCAGCUAUAUCCAGAUUACUAUGCUGAGGAAGUGCAAGAUCAUGUUUUUCAAGCAUUGUUAAAAGCACUGUAUAAAAUGUUCAGGUUAAUUAUGGGAACUUUCAAACAUAAUUUAGAACAUGGAGGAAUAGAGUACUUAAAACAGAAAUUAGAAAUAUUUUACUUAAGGUAUUUACCUAAAAUUAAAUUCCAUCAGGUAGAUUUAUUAGAUGUAUUCCAAGGAAUUCAAUUUCUACCUCUUGAAAAAUAUCCAUUUCUGAAAAUUCAAUGCUUUAUUAGCCUUACUGAAGCAACCUUCAGUCAGAUAAAGUACACAGCCUUCCUUUAUAAUGAUCAAUUAGUUUGGAGUGGACUUAAUCAAGAAGAUAUGCAAGUCUUAUACAGGUUUUUGAUAUGCCAUCUCAUUCCAUCAUUUUUAGAAUCUGAGCUUCAGCUUGGAGCUUUUUCACCUUCAAGGCCAACUUCAUUUAGUUCUGGUCAACAUUUUGGAAGUUAUAUUUACAGAACUUCCAGUACAGAUCAACAGAUUAAAUAUCAUUAUAUGUAUUUCAAUCGCUUAAAUUUGGCUGAAAAAUCUACCAUUCAUAUCGAUGCCAGGAAAACAGGUCACAUGUCAUUCCCUCCAGAAAUUAUUAAGCUUUUAGCUGAUAUAAAUUUUGAUCUGUCCAGACUAACAGAUGCAGGUGAAAUUAUUGGGAAAACUGUAGCUGAUUGUUGGGUUAUUGGAAAAUUAUCUGAACAAAGAGAAUUUUAUGUCGUUCUUCAACAGAAAAAUGCAAAUAUCAUCAAUGUCAGUGAUGAAUUGAAGAGGCUAAAUGCCAUCAAUUUCCAGAAUAUAUUCCUUGUAGAUUAAGAAUGGUUUUUACAUUCACAAUUUGUUGUUAUUUAUGUACAAUUUAUUAAAUUAAAACAUAGUUGAACCAUAA